CCCCGCCUCCCCAAGCCAGUUGUCAGCCGCAGCUGCUAGCGGCCGGGAGGCGCCGCCGACCGCUCGGCACGACUGCCCGGGCAGCGGCGCAGGCUGGCCGGGACUAGUCUGCUUGAGCAGCCUACAGCCGCUGCCUCUUCGUAGUAGGCACGAAUCACCUCCUCCCUGCCCCCCGCGGCGGGGAGGGUCACCCCAGCGGAGCUCUCCUCUCCUCCCUCCGCCCGCCCUCCUCCUCCCGCCGCUGCACACCCCGAGGAAGGGCUUGUUUUCCUGCCCGGAUGAUGAAUCUCUCCGCAAGGUCAUCCCUGCCCGCGGCGUCCGCGCGUCCGCGGCUCCUCGGGCGCCGCCGCGGAGAUUAGCUUUACAGGAAACCUGUCUCUGACAGCCUGUCCUGUUAUACCCACCACCUGACAAGAAAACUCCGAGGAGAAGCUGAGGACAAACCACAUCUCGAAGACAGUCCAUGGGGACUGUACCAGAUCCUCUGAGAUCUGCCAAGCUUUCCCUGGUGACAGCUUCUGUGGAGCAGGACAACUUGAGAGACCUGCAGUCUGCGAAGCGCCAGCCCCACCUACCCAAUGGAGAGAGGGCCAGCAAUGGCUUUCCAUGCAUGCCAUCCGGCUCUGCUAGAGUUUGCUUGUUCAACCUGAAAUGCAAAGCAGCUGCCAGUGUGCAGAGGUGUGAGCGAUGCCACGAGGAUGAUGCUAGCCAGCAGGAAGCCUUCCCUCCAGGGCUUACCAACAAAGCUGUGGAGGGGUGUCCUGCAGCCGUAGAGCCUGCUCAUUACUCCCGGCCAGCAGGCAGCCAGGGACUGGCAGCAGCAGCCCCCACUGCAGCGGGAGCCCCCUUGGCAGGGCAGGGGCCAGAGAUGAUGCCAGCCCCCCAGAGCUCCCAGCAGUUUGUGCAGGGCAGCCAGGUGAGAAUGAGCUCCCUGACACAAAUGGAUGAGUCUGCCCUGAAACCUCUGGGAACUGAUGAUCAGCCAGCACUCAAAGUGUUAAAUUAUUCUUCCCUGGGCGACUCUGUUAGAGAUGACGAGUCCUGUUGUACUUCUCAGGGACACCCUCUGCAAAGAGGGGGAAAAGACAGAGCAGAAAAAAAUGGUUCUAUUGCAUGUCAAUCAGCCUCAUCAGUGAAGCACACCGAAGCUGACCUGGGGAGAAACCCACAGACCAGUUUGGAGGCAAAAAGUGGGGUUGCAGACACCAUGGAGUUGCUUCCCACAGAUAAAACUGAAGUGGUGCAGAGCAACAAGGCACCAGCCCAGUCUAGCCAUGAAAGUCCACAUCUCGUACAUAAUGCAGAUGCCAAGCCCGGAACUCCAGGCCACACGCAGCUCUCCAAAUUCAGAGAAACUGGUACAAUGACAGUUCAGCCGGAGAGCAGCUCUUUAACUCAGGAAGCAGUAAGCAGGACAUGGCGAGAUGCUGAGGUUCAAGCCGUCGCUACUGUGGAGAGCAAAUCUGCCUCCACCAGCCCCAGCAUCCUUGCUGCCUUCUUAAAAGGGAAUCCUGCUCCAGAGGAGAAGGAAGAACUGCACAUUAUUUACCAAGGAGGUAUGAGGCUGAGCCAAUCUGCACUUACUGACAGUUUCUCCUCACAACAAAAGUCCCCAUGUUCUCCUGGUAUCACAUCAAAAUCAACUGUUGUUAUGGCUAUGACUGCUUCAGCCCAAACCCAGCCUGUCAAACUACCUGGGGACCCAUCUGAUGUGGUGUCUCUGGUGUCAGCAGAUAAUGCAAAACCUGCGCUCCCCUUCUCCCCUGCAGCCAUUGCCUCCCAAGGAACAUCUGUGAGGAAUGCUGAAAUGAUUGGUGCAACUCACAGCAGCAACGAUGCUGCUCAGCUGCCAACGGAUGCUUCAGUCCUACCAAAGCCUAUCCCUGUUGAGCAGCUUGCAGUUGACUCCAGUAAUCGAACUCCAGCACAGUCUGAGUCUGGCACUGGUGAACCAAGAACCACUUCUGCUGCCGCUCUCCCAGGAACUGAGAACAACAUGCGGGAUCUUGUCCAUGAUGCAGGAAGCAGUCAGUUGCCUUUACUCUGUAGCACAGGUGGUGAAGUCAAGCAGAAGGAGGUCCUGGGCAGCUCUGAGCAAAAGCGUCUGCACAGUAAGGGUGCGAGUCAAGGGGAGGCCAUCCCUAAUCAGUCUGCGGUAAAACCAAAGGAAGAAGACUCGGUGAUGCUUGAUCCUAAAGGAGUGAUGAAUGUUAGCAGCCAGCCUACCAUUGUCUGCAUAAAAGUGUGCUCAGAGGAUGCAGGUGAAAAGGAGGAGAGCAGAGGCCAGGGAGAUGCUGGCCAGGCUCAGAUGGCUGGCAGCCAGAGUCUUCAGGCAGGACUGACACCCAAGUUGCGUGUGAGUUCUGCACAUCUCACCCCUCCCUUGGAGGCAUCAGCAGCUCCCCAGCAGAAGGACCUCCAAGCCAAGGAGUCCAGAUCUGAGGUCCACAAAGCAGCUGUUCCUGCUUCAGCUCAGGCCUUGCCAAACCUGGGAGAAAACAAAAAGCAGCCCACUCCGGCCAUGGAGGCAAAAGUGCAGGUGAAGCAGACCAAGCACGUCAGGGAUGUUGUUUGGGAUGAGCAAGGCAUGACAUGGGAAGUUUAUGGUGCUUCCCUUGACCCAGAAUCCCUGGGAAUUGCCAUCCAGAACCACUUACAGAGACAAAUACGGGAACACGAGAAACUGAUUCGGGCCCAGAACAGUCAGACCCGGAAAUCUAUUUCCUCAGAUACAUCCUCAAAUAAAAAACUGAAAGGGAGGCAGCACAACGUGUUCCAGUCCAUGCUGCAGAAUUUUAGGCGUCCUAAUUGCUGUGUCCGACCCACUCCUGCUUCUGUGUUAGACUGACAUGGUUUGCAGGGAUGUGUAGUUGUCUGCUGUGGUAGAGAGAAUCCCUCCCCUCAAGUCUUGAGUCCUGCUGUUCAGUUGUGUUAUUGGGGUUGUGAUGCAGCAACAGCGGAAAAUUAUUCCCCUUUGUUUUCUGAGUAGCCACGUGCUCCAUCACACCGUUAUUAUUGCCAUAGCUGGUGUAUUUCCACAUUAUGCCCCCAUCCCAACUACUGUCAGAUGAAAUGCUAGGCACUGAGCAAGAGCACAAAUUAAAAUUGCCACAUUGCUGCAGGGAGAGCAGCACCUUCUGCUAAAGCAAGAGGCAGAGAUAUUGUCAGAGUCAUUAUGGAAAGCUAUUUGUGUGUAUCACAAGGUCUUACACAAAGGAGUGGACUGGGGGAAGCUGGGUGAGGUGAACCUAAGGUCCGACACCUGUAAAGACCUAAUACAAGACAACUUUCCUGGUGUGUAAGUUACCCACGCUGAGGCAAGUGCGUGAAAAGGCUGCGGACAUUCAUCACUGAGCAGUCUCACUUCUGUGGAUCCUGUGGGAACCAUUCUCACGUGAGCCCCAGAGAGCCAGAUCUUCCCCUCUUAUUGAAAUGGAGAAUCAGGCAAAGAGUGAGGAUGAAGGCUAAAGGAUUAUCUCUUUGGGAGAAGUGAAGUCAAUGAGAUUUUGAUGGCCAGAAGGGGAGAUGAGAGAAGGAAAAGUUCUGUGGGCUUUUUUCUCCUGCAUUAGCCAUGCUUAAGAUACAAGCAAGGGAUGCAUCAGCACAUCAGCAGAUGUACCUGCACCCAAUGGAAUGGUGCCCUCAUGCUGUUGUGCUCCAGCCAUGUCCUUCAAAAGCAGCGAGCUGGUCUGGCUCCUCAGCCGGGGUGGGCAGCCCCUGCUUCCAGCAUCCCAUGGUGCUGAGCACCUCUCCUCUAAAUCACUCUGUGAAGUGGGGUGCAUCUUUUUUCUCUCUCCAGAGAUGCACAGUAGUGUUUUCCCAUAGGAACAGACUGUCCUGUGCGUCUGGGUCCAUGAACCUACAUGUCUAGUGUGUUACACUGACUUUUCUCCCUUUAAAGUCCUUAGACAAAUAUUCUACUUUUUUUUUUUUCCAGAAUUUUAGUGCUUUUCUUGCCUUUCAUAACCUGAAUACCAUUUAUUUAGCCUGUGCAGAUUUUGUUUUACCUAAUGCUCUCUAUAUUAUAAACCAUUAUAUUGUUAACUUGAAACAUUUACUUUACAGAAGUACUGAAAUCUUGAGACAAUCUUUUAUGUAUUUCUAAUGUUAGAAAAGUUGUAGAAACUGCUAAUAAAAGGUAGCUUAGUGACUGUUUCUCCAGAAGUGUGAUAUACAAUAAUGUCUCAAAUGUAUGUUGGUCACAUUUCUCAAUUUUUAGUUUUCAACCUGGGAAAUGUGUUUCCCACUAGCUUUUUCUUCUGUCCACUAGAGUUCAUGAUGGGAGGCUGGGGAACUCCUACAGUUUGUAGAAAAUUUAGUUUUCAAUCCUGCAAAGCACUGAGGAUUUGGAUAUUGUAAUCCUGCAGGGUACUAGAGUUAAACAGGUGUUAUUUUUAUUCCAUUAAAGAUUUUUCAUGAAUCAUUAUGAUAAUUUAUUUCUGUCUCUAGUACCACACUCUGGACUUACUCUGUAGAUCUUACUCUUCCAAAUUAUUCUGUAAAUCUUACAAGUUUACACUGUGUAAAUGAGUUUUUGGUUUGGUUUGGUUUUUUUUCCUGUGAAGCAGACCUGGUAUGGUUCCCUUUUAUUUAGGAGGCCAGACUUUUUGAGUCUAUCAACUGCCAAUUUUUCAAAGCAGCUGUUUUGGGGCAAUUUUUGCCCAGCAGAGAGAUAAAAUACUGUAAGAUACAGUAUUUUAACCUAGCUCAAUGAAAGGUGUUGCCCCUAGGCAUAGUACUGAAUUGACUCCUAAUUUUCCGCUAGUAUAUAUCUGGGGGCUUUGUGGCACAUCCUUAUUGCAUUUCUCUACAUUAUUUCAAGUCCUUUCCCACUUGAUGCUGAAUUGCCGAUUCUGAAAUACCACGUUAGAGUGUGUCUUCCCACAUCAGCCUACAAGGAGGAAAAUCUCCUGCCUUUUUUCUGUUGGUACUGCUGUUUCCACACCCUUCCUAGCAGUGUCCAAGAUGUGAGUUUCAUGUGAAAUUUUGUGUGGGAUUAAUAUUGGCAGUCUCAUUAGGUCAGGUUAGUUGACAAGUUCUGUGUCUCUUCCCAUGUUGUGUCUGUGUCAGCCCUGAAGAGGUUCUCUGUGAUGUUUGCUGUGUCCUGUCCAGGUCCAAGGCUUUUUGCUUCUCCUUUUGCCUCCCUUCAGCCCCUCCCUUGCUGCUGCUGCCCAGCCUGUCUUCCUGCGAAACCAUGUCCCUUGGCUCAGUUCGCAUCCCUCACUCUGCUGUCCCCCUCGCUGUACUGUUGUGAGACAGCUUACUCUGAACUGUCCCUUUACAAAUAUGUUCCGUCUGAAUAUAUAAGUGGAUUGUCAUAUUUUUUUUCCAGAGGAGAAUAAAUGGCUAUCGCGCA